AAAUAAUUCACAAGGUGCUUUAAGCUCUCCCUUUUGAGAGUAUUCCAUCAUUAGAGAAAAAAACAAACAAAAAAACAAUAAAUGAUGGAGAGGGUGGGGAGAAAAGGGGUUGUUGGUGGGAAUGUAAAUUGCUGUACCCGUUAUGGAAAACAGUAUGUAUGGAGGUUCCUUAAAAAACUAAAAACAUAGCUACAAUAUGGUCCAGCAAUCACACUCCUGGGCAUAUAUCCAGAGAAAACCAUGGUUUGAAAGGAUACAUGCACCCCAAUGGUCACUGAAGUGCUGUUUACAAUAGCCAUGACAUGGAAGCAACCUAAAAGCCCAUCGACAGGUGAAUGGAUACAGAAGAUGUGGUACAUAUAUACAAUGGAGAAAACCAUUCUACUUUUUGUCUCUAGGAAUUUAGCUACUGUAGGUACCUCAUACCCAUGGAAUCAUACAGUGUUUGACCUUUUUUGUCAGGCUAAUUUCAGCUAGCAUAAUGUCCUAAGGUUCAUCUAUGUUGUAGCAAGAGUAAAAUUUGCUUUCUUUUUAAAGCUAAAUAAUACUCUGAUGUAUGUAUGCACCGUGUUUUUUUUGUCUAUUCAACUGUUGAUGGACACUUGAGUUGCUUCCACCUAUGGCUACUAUGAAUAAUGUGAAAUGAACAUAUAUAUCUGUUUUGACAUAUCUGUUCGAGUCACUGCUUUCAAUUCUACUUCAAUUGACAGAAGUCGGAUUGCUAGAUCAGAUAGUGACUCAGUUUGCAAUUUUUUGAGGAAUUGCCUUUUUCUUUUCAUACCAUCAAUACAAUUUUAUAUUCCAAGCAAUAUCACACAAGAAUUCCAAAGGAUAUUUCCACUUUCUUGAUAGUUUCCUUUGAAGCACAAAAUUAUUAAUCGUCCAAAUUACCUAAAAGAAUGAAAUUAGAACACUCCCUAGCACCAUACAUAAAAAUAAACUCAAAAUGGAUUAAAGACCUAAAGGUAAGGCCGGAUACUAUAAAACUCAUAGGCAGAACACUUUUUGACAUAAAUCCCAGCAAGAUCUCUUUUGAUCCACCUCCUAGAGUAAUGAAAAUAAAAACAAAAAUAAACAAAUGGGAUCUAGUUAAACUUAAAAGUUUUGCACAGCAAAGGAAACCAUAAACAAACACAAAAUAUAACCCUCAGAAUGGGAGAAAAGAUUAGCAAAUGAAGCAACCGACAAGGGAUUAAUCUCCCAAAUAUACAAACAGCACAUACAGCUCAAUAUCAAAAAAACAAACAACUCAAUCAAAAAAUGGGAGGAAGAUCUAAAUAGACAUUUCUCCAAAGAAGACAUACAGUUGGCCAAAAAGCACAUGAAAAGAUGCUCAACAUCACUAAUUAUUAGAGAAAUGCAAAUUAAAACUACGAGGAGGUAUCACCUCACAUGGGUCAGAAUGCCCAUCAUCAAAAAAUCUACAAACAGUAAAUGCUGGAGAGGGUGUGGAGAGAAGGGAACACCCCCUACACUGUUGGUGAGAAUGUAAAUUGAUACAGCCACUAUGGAGAACAGUAUGGAAGUUCCUUAAAAAUCUAAAAAUAGAACUACCAUAUGACCCAGCGAUUCCACUCCUAGGCAUAUAUCCAGAGAAAACCAUAAUUUGAAAGGAUACAUGCACCCCAAUGUUCAUUGCAGCAUUAUUUACAUUUAUAAUAGCCAGGACUUGGAAGAAACCUAAAUGUCCAUCAACAGAGGAAUGGAUAAAGAAGAUAUGGUACAUAAAUACAGUGGAAUAUUACUCAGCCAUACAAAAGAACAAAAUAAUGCCAUUUGCAGCGACAUGGAUGGACUUGGAGAUUGUUGUGCUUAGUGCUGUGGGUCAGACAGAGAAGGUUGGAUGUCAUGUGAUGUUGCUUAUAUAUGGAGUUUAGAAAGGGGGUGCAAAUGAACUUGUUUGUAGGGCAGAGGUAGAGUCGAGGGUGUAGAAAGCAAACUUAUGGUUACCAGGGGAUAAAUAGGGAGGGAUAAAUUGAGAGGUUGGGAUUGACGUGUACACACUACUAUACGUAGAACGGAUAACUGAUGGGGACCUGCUGUGUAGCGCAGGGAACUCUACUCAGUCCUCUGUCAUGGCCUAUAUAGGAGGGGAAUCUAAGAAAAGAGUUGGUGUAUGUAUAUGUGUGGCUGAUUCACCUUGCUGUGCACCUGAGGCUACUAAGCAUUGUGGAUCAGCUAUAGUCCAAUAAAAAUUAGUAAUUAAUUAAUUUAUUUAUAAAAUUUCCUACCAGUGUAAAACGUACACCUGAGAAGUUAAUGAACACACAUCAUAGCCUGUGGUUUAACUGAGAUUUGUCCUGGCACCCAGCUAGGCUGACUGAUUCAAAUUUCCUACCAGAGCCAAGUGCUCUGGGAUUCUUUAGCUUAAGUACCUAAUAAGUGGGAAUGGGGCAGGGAUUGGUGGAAGGCUCAGCGCUGUCAAGGACGAAAGAUGAAAAUGGAGUCAACCCCUUUAUUAUAGAUGGUGAAUUCACAUUUAAGUGUCUGCGUUUCUUAACAAGAAGCACAGUUCCGUGCCUGGCCACACAGACUUACACCAAGUCCUUGACCCCUGGAGGACAUAAGACCCUCUUGUUCCAGGCAGGACUGACCUGGGCCAUCCUCUUAUCUGUACUUGCUGCAUCUUGAAACAGAAUCAGGAAUCCCAGUGCAGGAGGAGCUGCGGAAGACAACUGAGACAAUCCCAGGCCAGGAAAUGUUGUUUUACCAAGCAAACGUGCCAGGCGGGGACAGGUCCCAUCCCACCUCCCACAGGUGGGAGGCAUUAGGGGGCGGGGUAUUGAGUCUGUCCAACCAGGCGGCCGCUGAGGCAGGUGGGCGGAGCGGUCCCCCACUCAGACGUGGACUUCCUUACCUUCUACAGCGGAGGGAUCGCGCAUCUUUGCCGCUUCACUAACCUGUUAACUCUCACGUACCUUCUGUUGCCCUGUGUUCUGCACUAGUCCUUGGAGGCGUUAAGAGGGACUCAGACCCAGGAAACCUCGAAAUGGACUCAUUGGCCUUUGAGGAUGUGGCUGUGAAUUUCACCCUGGAGGAGUGGGUUUUACUGGAUUCCUCACAGAGGAAACUCUACAGAGAUGUGAUGCGGGAAAACUUCCAGAACCUGGUCUCAGUAGAAACAAAACAGGAAGAUCAUGACAUUGAAGAUCAGUACAAAAACCAGGGGAGAAAAUUAAGAAGUUCUAUGGUAGAGAGACUCUCUGAAAGUAAAGGCAGUAGUUUCUGUGGAGAAAACUUCACCCUUAUUCCAACUCUCAAUCUGAAGAAGAAAACUCCUGGUUUAAAACCAUGGGAAUGCAGUGCAUGUGCAAAGGUCUUCAUGCAUCAUUCAUCCUUUAAUAGACACAUGAAAUGUCACAUUGAAAACAAACGAAGAGAGUAUCAAAAGUACCAUGAGAAGGUAUAUAAAUGUAAAGAAUGUGGGAAAGCAUUCAUUUCUCUUAGUUCUCUUAGAACACAUGAAAGGAGUCACACUGGAGAGAAGCCCUAUGAAUGUGAACAAUGUGGAAAAGUCUUUCGAUAUCAAAAAUCCUUCCGACUACACAAAAUAACUCACACAGGAGAGAAACCCUAUGAAUGUAAGGAAUGUGGGAAAGCCUUCAUGUGGGAAACAACUUUUCGAAAACACAUGGUAACUCACGCUGGGGAUUUACCUUACAAAUGUCAGAAAUGUGAGAAAGCAUUCAUUUAUCCCAGUUGUCUUCGAAUGCAUGAAAGCAGUCACAACGGAGAGAAACCCUAUCAAUGUAAACAAUGUGGAAAAGCCUUUAAAAGUCCUGAAACUAUUCAAAUCCAUGAAAGAAUUCACAGGGGAGAGAAACUCUAUGAAUGUAAGCAGUGUGGAAAAGGCUUCAAUCAUUUCAGUUCCUUACAGCUACACAAAAGACAUCACACAGGAGAGACACCAUAUGUGUGUAAAACAUGUUCUAAAGUAUUGAAUACUGCCCGGUCUCUUCGAAAUCAUGAAAGAAUCCACACUGGAGAAAAACCCUAUGAAUGUAAGGAAUGUGGGAAAGCCUUCACAUGGAAAAUAACCCUUCAGAAACACAUGAUAACACACACUGGGGAUGGACCUUAUAAAUGUAAAGAAUGUGAGAGAGUAUUCAUUAAUCCCAGUUCUCUUAAAACACAUGAAAGGAGUCACACUGGAGAGAAACCAUAUCAAUGUGAACAAUGUGGUAAAAGCUAUAGAUAUCUAGCAGUUUUGAAAAUACAUCGAAGGACCCAUACUUGAGAAAAACCCUAUGAAUGUAAAAAUGAAGGGAAAACCUUCACUUCUGCAUAUGUUCAAGUGCAUGAAAGAAUUCACACUGGACAGAAACCCUAUCAAUGACAGGAAUGUGGGAAAUCCUUCAUUUGCCUCUCAGUCGUUCAAAGACCUGAGACUGCACACUGGACAGAAAUCAUAUAAAAUAUGACGAAUGUGGGAAUAGCUUUUCUGAUCUUUGUAGUUUAUGAAACCAUAAAAGGGUUUACUAGAUAAAACCUUAUUUGUAAACAGCCUGGGUUGUUGGUCGAUAUCAUUACAUGUAAAAACUCCCAUGGAAAAGAAGUAUAAAUGUAAGUAACAUGAGAUAACUUGAUGGAAAGUAAUCUAUGCCUAAUGUUCCAAAAAACCUUCAAUAUGAAAGAGUUUUUAAAAAUUUUAUUUAUUAUUAUUUUUUUUUGGCCAGGCUGUGCAGCAUGUGGGGCAUCUUAGUUCCCCAAUCAGGGAUCAAACCUGUGCCCCGUGCAAUGGAAGUGCGGAGUCUUAACCACUAGACUGCCAGUGAAGUCCAGAAAGAGUUGUUUUAAAAGUUUAUAGGACUUUCCUGGUGGUGCAGUGGUUAAGAAUCUGCCUGCCAAUACAGGGUACAUGGGUUCGAGCCCUAGUCCUGGAAGAUCCCACAUGCUACAGAGCAACUAAGCCCAUGUGCCACAACUACUGAGCCUGGGCUCUAGAGCCCAUGAGCCACAACUACUGAGCCCACGUGCCACAACUACUGAAGCCUAUGCGCCUAGAGCCCAUUCUCCACAACAAGGGAAGCCGCCACAAUGAGAAGCCCGUGCACUGCAACGAAAAGCAGCCCCCACUCGCCACAACUAGAGAAAGCCCAUGUACAGCAGCAAAGACCCAAUGCAGCCAAACAAACAAACAAACAAAAAUUUAUAAAUAUGUUGUGUUUACUCAGGAUCUUUCUUCAAGUGUAUCCUUCAAUGGUGGAUUUCUACUAAUUUCACGAACGAAUAUUAAUGUGAAUUCAUUCUGUAAUUCGUCUUUCAACAAUAGUACAUAACGUUUAAAGGUAGUGAUUUUUCCUUUACUUGGAUAGUUACUUUGUUCUAUUUACUUCUGAAGCCUGUUGGAUUCAUGGAUGAAUUUAAGUGUAUUUCUAGUAUGCAGUGAGACUUAAAUUUUUAUAAUGUUCUAUUCAUCCUCUGUUAAUGGGCCAUUGAAAAAUGACAGUUAGGUAUUUGUUGGGAUUUCCUAGUAGUUUUGUGUGGCAGUUCCUAGGUAUAUAAUAUAUUGUAUAUAUUGUAUCCUUUUUAUUGAGAAAGAUCCUUUCUGGUGGUGGUGUGUAUAGGAGCCUUUUCCCAUUUUCCAUUCUAUUAAACACUUGGAAUAAAUUUUAUGUAUGACUAAUAUGUCAAAGAGUAUACUGUUAUGUAAAUUAUGAUUUUUCCUAUUUGCUUUUUGUGUUUCCUUCUGACUGGUAUUUGUUGAAUAGACUGUGAGACUUGUGAUAAUAAAGAAAAUCUGGAGUUGGAGAUAUCUUGCCUAUGAGUCAUAUUAGGACCUAGACUUUCCAGAAUCUAUCCCUUUUGUGGUUCCAUGUUAGCAUUCACCGACAGCUCACCUGUGUGCGAUUUUAAAGCAGAUGCAGAGAAGACGUUCUUCAGAUAGUGGAUUCCCCACACUGGGAGAGAGGCAGAUAUGUAGGAGCUUCAAGGACACCAUCUCCCAGCUUAUUUUCCAGAUUCUGUGUCCUUGUAGUCAAGAGUGUCCUCAACACCAUCAAAAAAUGCUUGAUUUCCAUUUUUAUAGACAUGUAGGUUCCCCUGAUAUCUUCACAGCUUACACAUCAAAGAUCCAUCAGAGUUUGAAUUUUUUCUGUAAGGCCUCUUGUGUCCACUUUGAAAGUUAUUUCAGUAUUUUAUGGUUGGUAAUAGUCUCUGAUUACACUCCUCUCUGGAUUAUAUCUUUAUGGUGUCUAAUAUGUGUAGGAAACACUUUAUGUAGUUAAUAAUACUAGUAAUACUAGUAUGUGUUCCUGACUCACCACAACAUUCACAAAGGUGCCACCAAAACGAAUGACAUGGGAGUUUGUUUCUCUACUGCAUUGCACAGGGACAUUGGUGACCCAUUGUUUCCAUGUGAGAAUAAGCACCUCCUUCUGUCAAGAUGGCUAUGGGUGUUUCCUGUUACUUGUAGCUGAAUAUAAUCCCCCAACAUGUUUUUUAUUGUCUUUUAUUUUACAUGAUUGAAACUGUUUGAAUUUUUUGUGAAACAGUAGUUUUUUAGUCUUUUCAAAUAUUUUACCAACUCUUUUUGAAGCUUUCAUUAGCUAACAAUGUUACUUUUCAUUUCCUCAAAGAAUAUAUUAAAGUAUCCUUUUUAUGUAUGAAUAUUCAGAAAAACCUUGUAGCUUUCUUCAUUUAAUCAUUAUGCAAUGUGAGUAAGUUUUUUAAAAAUAUUAUGUUGGCCAAAAGGUUUGUUCAUUUUUUUCUGUAAGAUGGUCUAGCAGAGCUUCCCUGGUGGCACAGUGGGUAAGAAUCUGCCUGCCAACACAGGGGACAAGGGUUCAAUCCCUGGUCUGGGAAGAUCUCACAUGCCGUGGAGCAACUAAGCCCAUGUGCCACAACUACUGAGCUUGUGCUCUAGAGCCUGCAAGCCACAACUACUGAGCCCACAUGCCUAGAGCUUGUGCUCUGCAACAAAAGAGGCCACUGCAAUGAGAAGACCACGCACCACAACGAAGAGUAACCCCUGCUGGCUGCAACUAGAGAAAGCCUGCAUGCAGCAACAAAUACCUAAUGCAGCCAAAAAUAAAUAAAUUAAAAAAAAUUUUUUUAAUUAAAAAAAAUGGUCUAGUAGCACUAAGUUGUCUUUAACUUCAUUUGAAACAAUUUUGUUAGAUUGUAUUGUGGCAGUUCUCAUAUCAGUAAGCAUUUUAAAAAAAUCAAAAUUGGUGAAUUUUUGUGUAGCCAUUUUAAUAUUGGUGAUGUAAGGGAAAAAGUAACAUUUUCGGCAUAUUAUGCUUUAUUAUUUCAAGAAAGGCAAAAACGCAACUGAAAAGCAAAAAACAAUUGUGCAGUUUAUGGAGAAGGUGCUGUGACUGACCAAACGUGUCAAAAUUCAUUUACCAAGUUUCAUGCUAGAGAUUUCUUGCUGGACGAUGCUCCACAUUGGGGUAGACCAGUUGAAGUUGAUAGUGAUCAAAUGGAGACAUUAAUUGAGAGCAAUCGACAUUAUACCACGUGGGAGAUAGCCUACAUACUCAAAAUAUCCAAAUCAAGUGCUGAAAAUCAUUUGCACCAGCUUGGUUAUGUCAAUCGCUUUGAUGUUUGAGUUCCACAUAAGUUAAGCAAAAAAAAACCUUCUUGAUCGUACUUCUGCGUGCGAUUCUCUACUGAAAUGUAAUGAAAACGUUCCGUUUUUAAAACAAAUUGGGAUGGGUGAUGAAAAGUGGAUACUGUACAAUAAUGUGGAACAGAAAAAAUCGUGGGGCAAGUGAAACAAGCCACCACAAACCACACCAAAGGCUGGUCUUCAUCCAAAAAAGGUGAUGUUGUGUAUAUGGGGGGAUUGGAAGGGAGUCCUCUAUUAUGAGCUCCUUCUGGAAAACAAAACGAUCAAUUCCAACAAGUGCUGCUCACAGUUAGACCAACUGAAAGCAGCACUCAACAUAAAGCAUCCAGAAUUAGUCAACAGAAAAUGCGUAAUCUUCCAUCAGGAUGACGCAAGACCACAUAUUUCUUUGAUGACCAGGCAAAAACUGUUACAGCUUGGCUGGGAAGUUCUGAUUCAUCUGCCGUAUUCACCAGACAUUGCACCUUCGGAUUUCCAUUUAUUUUGGUCUUUACAAAAUUCUCUUACUGGAAAAAAUUUCAAUUCCCUGGAAGACUGUAAAAGGCACCUUGAACAGUUCUUUACUCAAAAAGAUAAAAAGUUUUGGAAAGAUGGAAUUAUGAAGUUGCCAGAAAAAUGGCAGAAGGUAAUGGAACAAAAUGGUGAAUAUGCUGUUCAAUAAAGUUUUUGGUGAAAAUGAAAAAUGUGUCUUUCAUUUUUACUUAAAAACCGAAGGAAGUUUUUGGCCAACCCAAUAUUUAUUUAUUUAUUUUGCUGUGCUGGGUCUUAGUUGUGGCAUGCAGGAUCUUCAAUCUUCAUUGAGGCAUGCUGGAUCUUUGGUUGCAGUAUGCGAACUCGUAGUUGCCACAUCUCAUAGUUCCCUGACCAGACAGAGAGAAUGGACUUGAGGACACGGGGAGGGGGAAGGGUAAGCUGAGACGAAGUGAGAGAGUGACAUUGACAUAUAUACACUACCAAAUAUAAAAUAGCUAGUGGGAAGCAGCCGCAUAGUACAGGGAGGUCAGCUUGGUGCUCUGUGACCAUUUAGAGGUG